AAGUUAUUUCCGUUGACGGAUGUAAUAUAUUAACAAUAAUAGUCACAUUGUUGUAAAUUUUCACAAAUAAUUAAAUAUCACAUGUAUAAGGAUAAAAUCUAGUGUCUAUCCAAAUUCAUUGUUGACCUUUCGACAGAGCAAAUUAUUUCAACAAUGAACUUACCAAUAGCAACUACAGACCUGUAAUUGUACAGUAUUAUAUAUAUACAUGUAGCAUCGGCAAUCAUGACACAGACAACGGACAACUGUAUUUUGGUUGCUGCCAUUGACUUCGGAACAUCAUAUUCCGGUUAUGCAUUUUCGACCAGGAAUGACUUUGAAAAAGACCCCUUACAGAUACAGGUUAACCCUCCAUGGGCUGCCGGAACAAGACAGCUAUUGUCACUGAAAACUCCAACAUGUCUUCUCCUCGAUGCUGACAAAAACUAUGUUGCUUUUGGAUAUGAUGCUGAAGACAAGUAUUCAGAACUAGCAUUGUUAAAAGAUCACAAGAGUUACUACUAUUUUCAAAGGUUCAAGAUGAGUCUUUAUCAGACACAGAAUUUAAAUAAAGAUCUGGUUGUUGAGGACAUGACCGGAAAGCAAUUUUCAGCUUUUGAUGUAUGUUGUUUAUCAAUUAAAGCUUUGAAAGAUCAUUUACUGGAAUCCAUUAGCAAACAGUUUAUCAACAUGAAUAUAGAUGACAUUCGUUGGGUACUGACUGUACCAGCAAUUUGGACAGACAGUGCUAAACAAUUCAUGCGCAGAAGUGCUGAAAAGGCAGGAAUUCCAUCAGAUAAGUUACAGAUAUCUUUGGAACCAGAAGCAGCUUCUAUAUAUUGCCAACACUUGCCCAUAGAAAACCUGAAAGGAGCAGGAAAAAGAUUAUCAGCAACAGUAGCUGGCACUAGAUGUAUAAUUGCUGAUUUAGGAGGUGGGACACUAGACAUAACAGUCCAUGAAAAAAUGAACGAUGGGCGUCUUAAAGAAAUAUGCCGUGCUUCUGGUAAUAACUGUGGCGGAACGUGCGUCGACGUCCAAUUCUAUAAAAUGAUGGAGACUAUCAUAGGACCAGAAACUUUCAAGGCAUUCAAACAAGACAAUCUUGAUUCGUAUAUUGAUCUUUCUAGAGAAUUCGAAAUUAAAAAGAGAAAUUUCCAGCCAGAUAACACUGGCUAUGUUACUUUGCUAAUACCUUUGACAGUUCUCGAUUUGGUGUGCAAUAAACAUUUAAAUUUGAAUUUUAAGAAGGCGUUGGAUGACUCGGAAUACGGAUCAGUAACGACAAUUUUAAAUGACAAACUCCGUAUUGAGGUUGAAACUUUCCGGGCUAUUUUUGAACCAACAAUUAUUGGAAUUGUAGGACUUAUUGCUGAAAUAAUGAAAAGAUCAAAUGCCGACAGUGAUACCCAAAUACUGCUUGUUGGGGGAUUUUCGGGUUGCAAUUUGGUUCAAAGGGCUAUCAAGGCUACAUUUCCCGCCCACAAUAUAAUCGUGCCGUAUGAUAGUGACGUGUCGGUUCUGAAAGGUGCGGUAAUAUUUGGUCAUCAACCGAACAUCAUAUCUGAGAGAAUUUCUAAAUAUACGUAUGGAUUCAGCAAAAGAAAAAUCUUCGACCAACAAAAGCAUGAUAGCAGCCAUUUAGAAAUAGUUGACGGAAAAGAAAGGUGCAGUCGUGUAUUUGAACCGAUUAUUAAACGAGAUGAAAUAGUACCAGUUGGCAAAAAAAUCACAUCCACGGCAAAAUGCAAACCAGAUGACGACGGAUUAUUUACGCUAUGUAUUUAUCAGACAGAGAGCGAAAAUCCUAUUUACACCGACGAAGAUGGGUGUUCCUUACUAGGAACAAUACACGCUCAACUGCCGAGUCCAUCCCCUUCAGAUAAAAUUAAAGUUGAAUUGAUUUUCGGAGGAACUGAAAUAAGUGUUAAAAUAAGAGACACUGCUUCACGUAAAAAAUGCGAGGAAACAAUUCAAAUGAUAUAGCUUAUGUAUAUUUAUGAUUUUUAUUUUUAAUGAAAUCCUUUUUGUUUAAAUUGUCGAUUUUCUGGUAUUUUAUGAUAUCUAGCAUAAUAUAUUUAUUUCUAAGAAAAACAUAUAGUUGCUUUAAUAUAAAAUUUUGCGAUCAAUUUUUAUAUACAUGUAUAUUCAGUAUGUUAUGCUGUAUAAUCAAUUGACAAUUUAUUUGUCAAACGUCAUUAAUUAUACUUUAACAUUUUAACAUUUUAUAAUACUAACAGAAAAACAUUAAAUUACGAGUCUGGGCCCAGUUUCACGAAGCU